ACUUAGACAUCCUGUAAGCAGGCCGAUCCUCCCAGUCAGCAACAUUAACAGGGCCACGAUGCAUCCAGCUCCUGCCCUCCAUCCACACAUAAGGGAGGGAAAGUAUUAGCCGAUGGUAAUGCCGACGGGGUUCCGUGCUGCACUGUCUGCUGUGUAACCCUGGAAAAGGGGAGGACAGCGGGCGGGCAUCAGACAUGGGUAGCACGGCCAAGAUGGUCAACCUUUGGAACAGGAGACAGAGCCUUUUCCCCAACUACAAAGUCUCAGGGGAUUACGACAAUCGACGGCCGUCGACGGACAGCGUUGGGCCGCUGGUCAAGGGGAGCUGCGUGAAGUCAUGGAGGUCCAUGCAGGACCUGAGCCGGGACAUCUACGACAUCUACGCAGAGUACGCAGACUACGAGGAGGACGAGGUGGACAAGGAUGAGAACCUGUUCUUUAGCUCCUCGAGACACGCCCCAAAGAAAAACUACAUGAUCAACAUCAACGUGGGCGGCAAGCCGUACCAGAUAGCCUACAGGAUGGCCGCCAAGUACCCCAAGACCCGGAUAGGAAGACUGGCCACCUACACGGACCACAACAUGAAGUUGGACCUGUGCGACGACUACACCGUCACCAACGACGAGUACUUCUUUGACCGGGACCCGGACGUCUUCUUCAGCAUCUUCAACUUUUACCGGACGGGUGUGCUGUGGAUCAAGGAUGAGCUGUGCCCCCGCAACUUCCUGGAGGAGAUCAACUACUGGGGGGUGCGGAUAAAGAACACCCACCGCUGCUGCCGCAUAUCCUUCGAGGAGCGGCAGGACGACCUGAACGAGCAGCUGAAGAUCCAACGGGAGCUGGAGGCCGAGGUGGAGAUCGAGGAGAACGAGGAGCUCUUCCAGGACAUGUUCCUGGGCCACUUUCGCCGGGUCAUCUGGAACCUGAUGGAGAAGCCCUUCUCCUCGGUGCUGGCCAAGCUCAUGGCCGUGGCCUCCAGCAUGUUUGUGCUGAUCUCCCUGGUGGCCAUGACCCUGAACACCGUAGAGGACAUGCAGUACAGGACCCCCACGGGGACGCUCAGCGGGAGGACCUACUGCGAGCACGUGGAGUCCAUGUGCAUCGCCUUCUUCACCAUGGAGUACCUGCUGCGCCUGGUGUCCACGCCGGACCUGGAGUCCUUCUGCAGGAGCAUGCUCAACACGGUGGACCUCGUCGCCAUCCUGCCGCAGUACCUGCAGCUGGUGCUGGAGUUCUUCGACAACGAGGAGAACUACAUGAAGCACGAGGCCGACAUGCAGGCGGUGCGGCAGGUGGGCAAGCUGGGCCAAGUGCUGCGCAUCAUGAGGCUGAUGCGCAUCUUCCGCAUCCUCAAGCUGGCCCGCCACUCCACGGGCCUGCGGGCGUUCGGCUUCACCCUGCGCCAGUGCUACCAGCAGGUGGGCUGCCUCUUCCUCUUCAUCGCCAUGGGCAUCUUCAGCUUCUCCGCCAUGGUGUACACCGUGGAACACGACAUGCCCCAGACCAACUUCACCAGCAUCCCUGCAGCGUGGUGGUGGGCGGCGGUCAGUAUCUCCACGGUGGGCUAUGGAGAUAUCUACCCAGAGACCAUCCUGGGGCGCCUCUUUGCGUUUAUCUGCAUCUCCUUUGGGAUUAUCCUCAACGGCCUGCCCAUAUCUAUCCUUUUCAACAAGUUCUCAGACUACUACGCUAAGCUCAAGACCAACGAGUACACAGCUAACAUGAAGAACCGAGGAAAGGUUAGGUUCGCCAAAAGGACAGCGAGAAUAGUAAACCUUUGUUGUCGUGGAACAAGGGUUGGAGAGGUUGAUACUUGAUUUUUGUUGUAUCAUUUCAUAUAUUUUGUUAUGAAUUUCGCACAAUAUGUAUAUGUUAUUUAUGUAGCCCAAUGUCCUCCUUUACUUUGCAAUGUUAUGGGCUUGAUUUUUCAGCUGAAUAAAGAAAAGUCAAUCUGACCAAAAAACGAGGUAUAUUUUACAAAUAUUGUGCUUUCUAGUUCUAAUACAAAUAUCUGCUGUUUUGUUAGCUGAAUUAGAGAAACUUUCUAUUUGUGGCCUCUCUUGUAUCACAUCCAUAAUUUACAACGGAACAUUAAAAGGGGAUAUGUUGGGGCUUGGCCUCAUAAAGCUGUGUAUACAAUAAAUUGCUGUGUUAUUACUUA